AUGAGUGCCUCCAAGGCGCAGUCUCAAAAGAUCUUUGAGAAGAUCAAGUUGAAGCCCGCAAACAAGGUAUGCUUCGAUUGCGGUACCAAAAACCCAACAUGGUCCUCCGUGCCAUUCGGUAUCUAUCUCUGCCUUGAUUGUUCAGCACACCACCGUAACCUUGGUGUGCACAUCUCCUUCGUUCGAUCAACAAACCUCGACCAGUGGCAAUGGGAACAGCUGCGGGUAAUGAAGGUUGGUGGAAACGAGUCCGCGACCAAGUACUUCCAAUCGCACGGAGGCUCCGCUGCGCUCGCAAGCAAGGACACCAAAGUCAAGUACACUUGCAAUGCAGCUGUCAAAUAUAAGGAGGAACUCAAGAAGCGCGCCGCGCUCGAUGCGCAACAGUACCCCGAGGAAGUCAUCAUCACAGAUCUCCCCGCUGGAACUCCCUCCGAUGGAUCAAACACUCCUGCAGGCGACGCAGACGACGACUUCUUUUCCUCGUGGGACAAGCCCUCGAUCAAGCGUCCCAGCAACCCGCCCUCGCGCACUGGCACGCCACCCGUUGUCAGCCGAACCGGUUCUCCAUUCCUGAACGCCGGCGCGAAUGCAAACGGAUCCCGCUCAAAGUCUCCCCUGUCUUCCGAAGAGAAGAGCGCAUCUCCCGCGCCGACUGCUAUUCGGUCAAACCCUGCUGCUCGCAAGACCACCACAAACACUGCCGCGAAGAAAGGCAGUGUCCUCGGUGCUAAGAAGGUGCCUAAGCUUGGAGCUAAGAAGGUCGCUGCUGCUGAUACUAUUGAUUUCGACGAGGCCGAGCGCAAGGCCAAGGAAGAAGCCGAGCGCAUUGAAAAGCUUGGCUACGACCCCGAGGCUGAGCAGGCUGAAGCCGAGGCUAAGAAGGCUACCGCCGCUGCUGCUAUUCCCAUCCCUGCUUCCACCCCGAUCAGCCCCGCUGGAAAGUCUCAUGAACGCAACUCCAACGAUGUUGAGCGGCUAGGCAUGGGUAUGGGCAGACUUGGCUUUGGUCAGGUCUCGAAGCCUGUUGCUCCUAAGAAGCCUACUUUUGGGUCUGUUGGCCCUGCCAAGCCCAACCCUGCUGAUGACGAAGAACUCGCCCAGACCAGGACCCGUUUCGGCACCCAGAAGGGUAUCUCCUCCGAUGAAUUUUUCGGACGGGAGCGCUUUGAUCCCGCCGCUCAGUCGGAGGCCAAGGAGCGUCUCCGUCAAUUCGACAGCGCUACAUCCAUCUCCAGCAACAAUUACUUCGGCCGGUCCGAGGAUGAGAUUCCUGCUAUUGACGAUGGCUACGGUGAUCUCGAGGUUGCUGCCAAGGACUUUAUCCGCCGCUUCGGUAUCACCGCCGGAGACGAUAUCGAGAACCUGUCGCACAUUGUCGGCGAAGGCGCUACUAAGUUACAAGGCGCUAUCCGCAACUAUCUGAACAACUAA